CAAGCAGUGGCACAACAGGUGGCUGAAGAUAAAUUUGUAUUUGAUUUGCCUGACUAUGAAAACAUCAACCACGUAGUGGUCUUUAUGCUGGGAACCAUCCCAUUUCCAGAGGGCAUGGGAGGAUCUGUCUAUUUCUGCUAUCCUGACCAGAGUGGGAUGGCAGUGUGGCAGCUGCUGGGAUUCGUCACCAAUGAGAAACCAAGUGCCAUCUUCAAAAUUUCUGGUCUAAAAUCUGGGAAAGGGAGCCAACACCCCUUUGGUGCAAUGAACCUUCCUCAGACGCCGUCUGUAGCCCAGAUCGGAAUCUCGGUGGAAUUGCUGGAAAACUUGGCCCAGCAAACUCCUGUCGCUAGUGCUGCUGUAUCAUCAGUAGACUCAUUCACUGAGUUUACUCAGAAGAUGCUGGAUAACUUCUAUAACUUUGCUUCGUCGUUUGCUGUCACUCAGGCUCAGAUGACGCCAAAUCCCUCUGAAGCUUUCAUUCCUGCUAAUGUAGUUCUUAAAUGGAGUUUUUAUUAGCACCUGCUGUAUACUAUGUACUGCACAAAUGAAAAGGGAGGAAAAUCCCUGGAAGAGAAGCAUAGUAGAAGACAGUGGCCAGAGCAGGAAUUAAUCAUGUCUUUGAAAGUUUGUUGUGGGGGUUAAUAUUGUAAAUGAAAACUCGAUGCAGCUAAAAGCAAGAUCAAUGUAAGCAUUCUCUGUAAACUGGUAAGAAUUGUUUAAUCUCUUAUUCUGAUUACAGCCACAUCAAGUAGUUUCAUUUUGACCCUACUACCUGCCAGGGAGAAGUGUCACUUUAGUCUAUUUGUUCUGUAAAGUUUUUU